GAGCUGAUUCCGUUGUUGCUGAUUUCAAUUUUCAAAUGCCAAUUUAGGCCAUGGCUGCGAGUUUGAGUCCGCGAGGCACAAAGCGGCCCAACGCCGGCGUCGGCGGUCUGGAGGACAUCCUCGGAAUUCUCAACGCCGCGCCCAAGCUCGCUCCCUGGGGGAGGAAGCGGUGGAGGACAGGAUGCGAGGGUAUUUCGGGAAUUCAAGAAGAAAAUCCACAGCAGCUGAACCGGAACCAGAGCGGCACGGCGGCCAUGGACGGCGGCGAUUCAAUGAUGUGCCAUCAGUGUAGGAAAAAAGGCAGUGGCAGAGUCGUUCCGUGCAGUUGGUGUCGGAGUAAGAGGUUCUGCAUGGAGUGCAUAAAGAAAUGGUACCCGAGGCAGUCGGUGCAAUUCAUCGCCGACGCUUGUCCGGUGUGCCGCGGCUACUGUAACUGCAAAGCCUGCCUCGGAAUCGUCAGGAGCAUCGAGGAUUCGUGCCCGAAACUCGAUGAGAAGACCAAGAGGGAGCACUGUAAGUACUUGAUUCAUCAGCUGCUUCCGUAUUUGACUAGUAUUAGAGAUGAGCAGGUGAGUGAGAUGGUGUUCGAGGUGAGGCGGCGGAGGCUGGAGGAUGUUAGGGAGUUGAUUGUGGAGGAGAGGAGUGGUAAUGUGGGGCAGAGUUUGUGUUGUAGUAACUGCAGGGCUUCGAUUUUCGAUUUUCACAGGAGUUGUCCUGGGUGUGGGUAUGAUCUGUGCUUGAGUUGCUGCCAGGAGAUUCGAGAUAUCGCGGAAUUGGAGUGGAAAUCGGGUGCAUUGGAGUGUAGGGCGAGUAAAUAUGGAGACAUUUACUGCCCUCCUGCAUAUUGUGGUAAGCAUAGAUUAGAAUUGAGGUGUGUUUUUAAUCAGAAUUAUGUUGUGGAGUUGGUAGAGAAAGCAAAGGAAAUAGAUGCAAGGUAUAAUGUUAUUGAUCGUAGUAGUGAACCAUUUGUAUAUAAGUGUAUAUGUGCUAGCCCUGUGGGUAAUGCCACUAGAUCGAGUAGGAGUAGGGGUAAGUUAAGAAAGGCAGCUUCGAGAGAGGGUUCUGAUGAUAACUAUUUGUUCUGCCCGAGAGUUGGAGAGAGUGGAAAUGAGGAUUUUGGGCAUUUUCAGUGCCAUUUGAAGAUGGGUGAGCCUGUGAUUGUUCGGAAUGUACUUGCGAAUGGAUCAGGUUUAAGCUGGGAACCAUCUGUAAUGCAGCGGGCAUUUAGACAAGCAAAGAACAAUCUUCACCAUGAUAAAGAAUUGACAGUCAACGUCACUGAUUGCUUGGACUGGACUUCCUCAAAAAUCAACAUAUCCCAAUUCUUUAAUGGAUAUUCCAAGGGACUGUUUUAUGAGACGGGAUGGCCUCAGAAUCUCAAGCUCAAUGACUUCUCGUCAUCUGCUGAGUUUCAUAAUCGUCUCCCUCGGCAUUGUGAGGAAUUUUUAUGGUGUCUGCCUUUCAAGGAGUAUACUCACCCCAGCAAUGGAACUCUGAACCUUGCUACAUACUUGCCUCCCACCUCGGUGAAACCGGACAUGGGUCCAAAAACAUAUAUUGCCUAUGGUCUUGCCGAUGAGCUUGGACGGGGAGAUUCUGUAACCAGGCUUCACUGCAAUAUGUCUGAUGCGGUUAACAUUCUGAUACAUACAGCUGAAGUGGCCCUUACAACUGAACAACUUACAACUAUAGAGAAGUUGAAGAAAAAGCACAGGGAGCUAGAUGAAAGGCAUAUAUUUGGAAAUUUUCACACUAGUGCUGAAAAUAGAAGUGAACCUCAGCAAGAAUCAGCUGAAAGAUGUGAAGAUGGAGGUGCUAUAUGGGACAUAUUCCGGAUCCAGGAUGUUCCCCUGCUGGAGAAAUACAUCCACAAGCAUGUGAAUGAAUUUAUGCAUGUGCUUGGUGAUCCUUUGCAGUUUGUUACUCAUGCUAUACAUGAUCAGACUGUUUAUCUCACUAAGGAGCACAAGAGGAAGCUCAAGGAGGAAUUUGAUAUUGAGCCGUGGACGUUUGUCCAAAAACUUGGAGAUGCCGUUUUCAUUCCUGCGGGUUGCCCUCAUCAGGUAAGGAACUUAAAGUCUUGCAUCAAAAUUGCAGUGGACUUUGUUUCCCCUGACAAUGUGGGUGAGUGUUUUCGUUUGACGGAAGAAUUUCGCACACUUCCAACAAACCACAGAGCCAGUGAGGACAACCUGGAGGUGAAGAAAAUGAUUGUGCAUGCUGUUUGUGAAGCUGUGAAGGAGAUUUCUGCUGAGAAAGUGACAAAGAGGGCAAUGGCUGCCAAGGAUAUGUGUGCAAGGCGGGCAAGGGUUGUGAAGGCAAAGAGAGCCAAGGCUGUGACAGCAAAGUGGGCAAGGGCUGUGAAGGCAAAAACAGCAAAGAGGGCAGCGGCUCCCCUGGACUGGUCUACUGUACAUGGUUAUUAUCAAGCUGUGAACAAGAUUUGUGCUGCCAGUUUGACAAAGAGGGCAAAGAGGGCAACACGACGCUCAUCGAGUAUUUGCCAUCAGUGUCAGACAACUUCUAGGGGACGAAUUUUGUGGUGCACAAGUUGUCUAGGUAAGGGAAUGGAGACGAGGUAUUGUAUCCCUUGCAUACAGAGAUGGUAUCCCAACACGUCAGAGUCAACCAUUGCUAAGGCUUGUCCUUUGUGCCUCGGCAACUGCAACUGCAAAGCCUGCCUUCAUAGGGAUGUGCCUGUCAGGUGUUUACAGGAGCCAGACCCAAAAAAGGCAGCCUAUCUGGAGCACUGUAAAUACUUGCUUCAUCAGCUGAUUCCUUAUUUGGAGAGGAUUAGGGAUGAGCAGGUGUUUGAAAUGUUGGUCGAAGCUAAGGGGCAGGGAUUACAUGAUGUUUCGAAGCUCAAGGUUGUGAAGGCUACUUGUGGUGAAGCUGAGCAUACGUACUGCAAAAACUGCAGGACUUCAUUGUUUGAUUUUCAUAGAACUUGUCCUGAGUGUAAGUAUGACCUGUGCCUCAGUUGCUGCCGGGAGGUUCGAGAUGGCAUGUGGAAGAGGAGAGGGGUGGAUGAGAAAGCUCGAGGGUCUACAUUUGAGUGGAGAGCAAGUGAAGAUGGAAACAUUCUCUGCCCCCCAACACAAAUAAAUGGUUGUGGGAAGCAUAAUUUGGAAUUGAGGUGCAUUUUUUCUCAGAGUCAUGUCGUAGAAUUGGUAACAAAAGCAGCAGAAAUAGAUGCAAGUUAUAAUUGUUUGCCUGAUCAAAGUGAAACAUGUGCAUACAAGUGUUCAUGUGUUAAACCUGUGGAUCAUGCUAUUAGCUCAAGUUUCAGCAGCAGCUGUAUGUUAAAGAAAGCAGCUUCUAGAGUUUCUGAUGAUAACUACUUGUUCUGUCCAAGGGUUGAACAAAUCCAAGAUAAGGAUUUUGGGCAUUUUCAGUGGCAUUGGAAGAGGGGUGAGCCUGUGAUCGUGAGCAAUGCACUUGCAAAUGGAUCAGGUGUAAGCUGGGAACCAUCUGUCUUGUGGCGGGAAUUUGGACAUGUAAACAAAAUCAAUAAUGAUGCUGAUUUGAUAUUUCGUGCCAUUAAUUGCUGGGAUUGGUGUUCUAUGGAAAUCAACAUCAUCCAUUUCUUUACUGGAUAUUUCAAUGGACGGUCAUAUGAGACAGGUUGGCCUCAGAAUCUCAAGCUCAAUGACUUCCCAUUAUCUACUGAGUUUCACAAUCGUCUUCCCCUGCAUGGUGAGGAAUUUUUAUGUUGUCUGCCUUUCAAGGAGUAUACUCACCCCGGCAAGGCAACUCUGAACCUUGCUAACUACUUGCCACCUACCUCAGUAAAGCCGAACAUGGGUCCAAAAACAUAUAUUGCCUAUGGGUUUGCACAGGAGCUUGGACGGGGAGAUUCUGUCACCAAGCUUCACUGCAAUAUGUCUGAUACAGUAAAUAUUUUGACACAUACAACUGCACAACUUGCAACAACUGCACAACUUGCAGUUAUAGAUAAGUUGAAGAAAAACUACAGGGAGCAAGACGAAAGAGAGUUAUUUGGGAAUUGUUACACAAGUGCUGGAAAUAGGAUUGAACCUAAAGAAGAAUCAGCUGAUGCUUGUGAGGAUGAAGGUGCUGUAUGGGACAUUUUCCGAAUCCAAGAUGUUCCGAUGCUGGAGAAAUACAUUUAUAAGCACGUCAACGAAUUUAGGCAUGUGCUCGGUAAUCCUUUGCAGCGUCUUAAUCAUGCUAUACAUGAUCAGACAAUUUAUCUCACUGCGGGGCACAAGAGGAAGCUUAAGGAGGAAUUCGGAAUUGAGCCCUGGACAUUUGUUCAAAAACUUGGAGAUGCUGUCUUCAUUCCUGCAGGUUGUCCUCAUCAGGUGAGGAACUUAAAGUCUUGUAUCAAAGUUGCACUGGACUUUGUUUCUCCUGAGAAUGUGGGCGAGUGCCUUCGUUUGACGGAAGAAUUCCGCACAUUUACUACAAACAAUGGAGCCAAUGAGGACAAGCUGGGGGUGAAGAAAAUGAUUGUGCAUGCUGUUUGUGAAGCUGUGAAGGAGAUUUCUGCUGAAAAUGUGAUGACUAAGGAUGUGUGUCCUUGGGAAGGCUCAAGGGAAUUAAGGCGUACUGUUUGUGAAGCUGUGAAGGAUAUUUCUUCUGAGAAUGUGACAAAGAGGACUGAGACGGCAAGUGUUGUGAACGCAAAGCAGGGACGGGCUCCCUUAGAUCAGCGGCGAUUGUGCCAUCAGUGUCAGAGUUUUGUUCAGGGACAACUGCUUUGUUGCAGAAGUUGUUUGCAAAGAGGUUGGGGAAUGAGGAAAAGGUAUUGUAUCCCUUGCAAAAAGAGAUGGUAUCCCAACACAUCAGGGUCCGCCAUUGUUAAGGCUUGUCCUGUGUGCCGCGGAAACUGCAACUGCACAGCCUGCCUUCAUUUGGAUGUCCCUAUCAGGUGUUUGCAGAAUCUAGACGUGAAAAUCAACGAGGGUACCAAGCUGGAACACUGUAAAUACUUGAUUCAUCAGCUACUUCCCUAUUUGAGGAGGAUUAGGGAUGAACAGGUGAUCGAGAUGCUGGUCGAAGCUAAAAGGCAGGGAAUACGUGACCUUUCAGAGCUCAAGGUGAAGAAGGCUAAUUGUGGUAAAAAUGUGCGUAUGUACUGCAACAAUUGCAGCACUUCGAUAUUUGAUUUUCAUAGGACUUGUCCCAAGUGUGAGUAUGAUCUGUGUCUCAGUUGUUGCGGGGAAAUUCGAGAUGGCAAGUGGAAGAAGAGAGGGAAUCAGGAAUCUCAAAUGUCCACAUUCGAGUGGAGAGCAAGUGAAGAUGGAAGCAUUGUCUGCCCCUCAACAGAAAUGAAAGGGUGUGGUAGGCAUUAUUUAGACUUGAGGUGCAAAUUUUCUCAGAAUCAUGUUAUAGAAUUGGUAGAAAAAGCAGGGAAUAUAGAUUCAAGUUACAAUUUUCUACCUGAUAGGAGUGAAACUUGUGCAUACAAGUGUUCGUGUGUUAAACCUGUGGGUGAUGCUGUUCACUCAAGUAGCAAUAGUUGUAAGAAAGCAGCUUCUAGAGUUUCUGAUGAUAACUACUUGUUCUGUCCAAAGGUUGGACAAAUCCAAGAUAAGGAUUUUGCACAUUUUCAGUGGCAUUGGAAGAGGGGUGAGCCUGUAAUCGUUAGCAAUGCACUUGAUAAUGGAUCAGGUUUAAGCUGGGCACCAUCUGUGAUGUGGCGGGCAUUUCGAAAGGUGAAGAAACUUAUAAAUGAUUGUGACUUGACAUACCUCACCAUUGAUUGCUGGGAUUGGUGUGCUAUUGAAAUCAAUGUCCUCCAUUUCUUUUGUGGAUAUUCGAAUGGGCGGUCUUAUAGGUCAGGAUGGCCUCAGAAUCUCAAGCUCAUUGACUUCCCAGAAUCUACUGAGUUUCACAAACGUCUUCCUCGGCAUGGCAAGGAGUUUUUAUGUUGUCUGCCCUUCAAGGAGUAUACUCACCCCAACAAGGGUUCUCUGAACCUUGCUACUUACUUGCCACCUACCUCAAUAAAGCCAGACAUGGGUCCAAAAACAUAUAUUGCAUAUGGUUUUGCACAGGAGCUUGAACGGGGAGAUUCUGUCACCAAGCUUCACUGCAAUAUGUCUGAUGCGGUUAAUAUUCUGACACAUACAGCUGAAGUGGCCCUUAGAACUGAACAACUUGUAUCUAUAGAGAAGUUGAAGAAGAAGCACAGGGAGCAAGACCAAAGAGAGAUUUUUGGGAAUUGCCACCCUAUUGCUGGUAAAGAAAGUGGGUCUCAGCAAGAACCAGCUGAAGUAUGUGAGGAUGGAGGUGCAUUAUGGGACAUUUUCCGGAUCCAGGAUGUUCCACUGCUGGAGAAAUACAUCCACAAGCACGUGAAUGAAUUGAGGCAUGUGCUCGGUAAGCCUUUGCAGCGUGUUACUCAUGCUAUACAUGAUCAGACUGUUUAUCUCACUGUGGAGCACAAGAGGAAGCUGAAGGAGGAAUUUGGUAUCGAGCCGUGGACGUUUGUCCAAAAACAUGGAGAUGCUGUUUUUAUUCCUGCUGGUUGUCCUCAUCAGGUGAGGAACUUGAAGUCUUGUACUAAAGUUUCACUGGACUUUGUUUCCCCUGAGAAUGUGGGUGAGUGUGUUCGUUUGACAGAAGAGUUUCGGACACUUCCCAAAAACCACAUAGCCAGUGAGGACAAGUUAGAGGUGAAGAAAAUGAUUGUGCAUGCUGUAUGUGAAGCUGUGAAGGAAAUUUCUGGUGAGAAUUCGAUGAUGAAGAUGUGAGGCCUAGGGAAGGCGCAAGGGAAGUAAGGCAAAGUCUAAGGCCCAAGUCUAACAAAAUGUAAUGGACCUUUCGUCCUCCUUGUGUUCUCAAGAAUCUGAUGGAAAUUUAUUUGUGCUGAAAUUUCUGCAAUGCUAAGAGGGUUUGACUGGAGUAAGUCCUUGGAUUUUGAUGACAUUAUUGUGGAGAAUUAUUCAGACCAACUUUUGUUUUGCUGUUUCUGGAAACUGCAUCAACACGUUGCUGGGAAAUAGAAUUCUUAGAGCAGCAGCUGGAUUGAAGCACUGUAGCAGAUUGAUUUGUUCUUUUCUUUGAGGUAGUCAAGUUUUACUUCAAGUCUUCCAAUUCUUGAGUUUACUUACUCAAGUUGAUUGAUCUUGAGAUGAAAUCUCUCAAGUUGUUCUAGCAACUUUUCUGCAAUCUUGUUGCUGGAUAGAUGAUUUAGGAAUUCUACCAAACUUGGCUGCACUGGGUCAAGUUCUUAAACUCCUAUUUCUCACUGAAAAUGAGACAAUUCGUCGUAGAGUGUAUUUAGUA